AUGGAUGCGGAUGGCUUCACCCCACUGAUAUCGGCCGUCCGGGAAGGCUUCUGCCUCAAGGCUGUAAACCACAUUGUCCGAAACAGCGGCGAAGAAAUUGUCAACCAAGCAGAUCUGUCAUGGGACGAGUCACCUAUUAGCUGGGCAUGUGAGCGCGGGCAAGCAGAAACAGUCAAAAUCUUGCUGGAUGCCCCGAAUGUACACCCGAAUCGACGGGCGACCGGGUAUCGAAACCGUACGCCGUUGCAGAUUGCCCUCGUCUAUGAUAGAGUGGCGGUUAUCGAAAUCCUGCUCGACAGUCCCCGUGUCGUGCCUAGCUGGGAUAUUGCUGACGAAGACGGACGCAAACCACUUCAAUAUGCCCUUGAGUACUGCAGUGAAGAGUGCAUCAGGGCGUUGCUGCUACAUUCUCAAACAAGCGCCGCGAUCCGAAUUGAUGCUCUGAAGAUUAUGGCAGGAAUGGGCAACCAUGAGCAUAUCGACAUCAUCAAGAGCAUUCUAGAGUCCGUUGAAGAACAGAGCUUACCAACCUCGGAGCUCGACGACCUGAUCCAUCGGUUCCCCACACUCGACUCAAACAAAACAGUCUUCGAUGCGUGGAUGCGGCGGGUCAAAGACCCGAAAAGAUGGAACGAAGUACCCCAUGUGCUUCACACCUUGGCUCUGAGUGGUGACGGUGACACGAUAUUACGCCUCCUCAAACUGGGUGCAAACAUUUAUGAGCCGGACGACGACAAUUGGACGUGCAUCGACGUUGCGAAGAGGAAUGGCAACCCGAAACUCAAGGAUGUCUUGAUGAAGCACAUCCCGAAACCCCCGCCCGAAAAACUACCGUAUCUACGACCUUCGUCAUUUGCUAAUCCAUUCGACGAAGCCAAUGUCACCCUAGCAGAUUUUUUUAAAAACAACGUAGCUAAUUCUUUCUUAGAAAUCAAUGUUAAUUUCCAAGAGACCAAAUUCGACAGGAUAUGCGUGCGCACGCAACAAAGCAUUCCACCUGAUGACGAAUACUUCUAUUUUGAAGUCCAUAUACUUGCUCACCCCAACGGAAGUUAUUUUGCUGUCGGGUACACCCAGGUACAAGUAGCUGCCAACGACUAUCCGGGCAUGGUCGAGGGGUCCUGGGCAUAUCAUGGGGAUGACGGAGGCCUCUUUGUCCAGGCCCUUGGUCAAGGAUCAUCAUUUUCAGAAAAGUCUGACGGGGAAAAAUAUCAUACAGACAGCGUAGUGGGAUGCGGAUUGAAUAUGAAGACGGGGAAAGGCUACCGCACACUCAAUGGCAAACGGCUGGACUCUUGGGACGCAUUUGACGAGCACGUGUUCAAGAAGGGCAAGAUCUAUCCUUGUGUGGGCUUUCCUACCGACAGUGAGGGGAAUGGUCUCCAUGUGAGGGUCGUCCUCCGAAAAUCCCAAGACCACCCUUUUUUGUAUGGAGGGCCGUAUAUCUAGAGCUUCUGUGUGUUCUCAACAACUCCAAAUCUUUCGUACCCACCCCACGUCAAUGAGGAUAGGCUGCCUGGUGACAGCCACAGAGUUGGCCAGAGAUCCGGAACCGAGUAAGUCUUCGAAUACGCCACUGCUAGCGAAUUAUCUGCUGACUCUUAAGUAGAC